AUGGAAGACUUCACUGGCAUGUUGACACCUUCAGACUCACCCUCUGCGUUCCCCUUCUAUCCAGUCACUCCUCCCCUAAGCUCCGUCCCCUCAGAGACAGACCUCACCCUCAAAGCCUCUACCGACGUGACACCCGACGAUACCCCCGUGGUCGCAGUCGUUGGAGUCGGCUACGUCGGCAAACAUCUCGUCAGUUCAUUCUCGUCAAAGUAUCAAGUCAUCGGCUUUGAUGUUUCCGAGCGACGCAUUCAAGAUCUUCGACAUGAGUUCAAGGGAAAUGAGAGCGUCACCUUUUCUCGAAAGCAGAAUAAUCUUAUCGCUGCUACGCACUUUCUUAUCUCGGUGCCUACACUGUUGCGACCUAACAAGUCCAUCGAUUCUUCGUACCUUUGUGAUGCUCUCAAGAUGGUCGAGCGGGUUGCUCGUCGGGGUUCAACUGUUGUUAUAGAGAGCUCUGUUUCUGUUGGUAUGACCCGUGAGUUGGUCGGGCCCAUCGCCACGAAACUUGGUCUUUUCGCUGGCAUGUCUCCAGAGCGCGUUGACCCAGGCCGCACUGAACCCCCCGUAAAGUCAAUCCCCAAGAUCAUCUCAGGUCUUGACGAUAUUCUCCCUGGCUCCCUCGAUGCCAUCAACCGCAUAUACUCCACCAUUUUCGACAAUGUCGUCACCGUCUCAAAACCUGAAGUCGCGGAGAUGAUGAAGCUGUAUGAGAACUGUCAACGAAUGGUCUGUAUCGCGUACGCCAAUGAAAUGGCUGAUGCGUGUAUCCCUCACGGUAUUGACCCCUACGAGGUCUGUUCUGCAGCGUCUACCAAGCCGUUUGGCUACAUGCCCUACGCCCCUGGUGUCGGUGUCGGCGGACACUGCAUCCCCGUCAACCCGUACUAUCUUCUUUCCAACAGUUCAUUUCCUCUGCUUGAAGCUUGUUCACAAGCCAUGAGUGACAGACCCGCCAAGCUUGCCCAGCGCCUCAUCAAGUCACUCCCCAGCACCGAACGUCGCUCUCGUGUACUUGUCGUUGGUCUUGGUUUCAAGGCUGGUCAGUCUCAGCUCGACAACUCACCUGGUGUUGCGCUUGUUCGAGAGUUGGCCAUUUCAGGUGCUCAGAUUGACCUCACUUGGGCUGAUGCGCUGGUCAAGCAGGAAGCUGUGCCUCAGGUUCCUCGUCUCGGUGAGUGUGAGUGGAAUAAGAGCUUCUUGGAGACCUUUGAUGUCAUUGUUGUGGCUAUGAAGCAGCACAAAAUGGACUUUUCACUGCUUGCGAAGUUGGAGGGUGUUCGCGUGGAGAGCUGGUGCAAGUGA